AUUUAAUGAAAUAAUUAAUAUAAAUUUUUAAUUUGUGAAAAAUCAGAAUUAUGUAGUUUUAGAACAAACAUUGUUAUCGUGUCAUUAUCUCUUGGUAUUUCAAAGACAUCUUAAUCUUACUAAUAGAUCUGCCGCUAAUUAAACAAUUAAGUUAAAUUUUAAGUUUAGAUUUUACCAUAACAGAUAUAUGUACAAAAACAUACACACAUACAUAUACAGUGUUUCGAAAAACUUGUGUCAAAAUUUAACAUAUGUUUCAUAAAAUAUUUUGUAUAUUGCAGUAGAAAAUUUAGAAGAUUUCAAGAUUUAUAAAAACUUACAAACUAAAAAUCAAAAAGGAUAUUACAGAAUUUAAAGUUUAAAAAAUAUAAAAAAAAUCUUUAAGAAGUUUCUAAAAAAAAAAAUGUGAUCUGAAAUUCGUAAAUCCCAAAGACUUAAACAUUGGAAAGACUUUGAAGAUUCUAAGGAAUCUAGGAUUUAAGGAUUGUAGAGUUUGAGAAUUUAUAAUUUUAGAAAAAUCUAUAUAUUAGAUAAAUUUAGAUAUCGAAGAACAGAAAAAUUUACCAGUCAGAGGAAAAGAUUAAAAAAGACAAAACAAUUAUUAAUAACUCUGAUAUAUCUGAUAUUGAACAAAGUAUUAGGAAAAACAAACAUAAUAAAACUGUAAGUCCAGAUAAAGAUUAGAGGAUUUAGAUAUUAUCAUGACAUGUAGUUUUUCUUCCUACAUUCGUUGAAGAAUAUCGAGAGUUAUUUUAUUAUUACAUAUAUAAAAACCAAACAAGAGUGUACAUAAUAAUAGCAUAAUUUUUUUUAUUUAAGCUAAUAUAGUCAACUCUACUCAUUUCUUUUUAUCUCUUUAGGAUGCCUUUUUUCUGUUUGACGAUGAAUGAAUAAAAAAUUACGUCAAAGUUGUUGAUUUAUAUACUUAGAGAUAGUCAGAUAUACCUCAUUUUUUAAUAUCCCAAAAUCCUUCAUUCUUUAAUUAUUCAAAUUUAAGAAGAUAUGUAUAGUAAUUUAAUAUUUCAUCAUGUAUAUAAAAUUUCAUGAAUCUAAAGAGAAACAAUUGAAUGUCUGCUAGUACUUCAAAUGAAAGACCCAUUUAGAAUUCAGAGUGCGAAUUUCGUAGCAAAGUCUUUUGGAUCUACUUUUCAAAUAAGAGAGAUGUGAUGAAUAAAUCGUGAAAAAAGUUCCGAAUCAUUUUUCGAGUACUGUCGAAAGUAGUGUGUCCUUGAAUAGUACACGUGCGUGCUCUGAUUCCGCUCAAUAUACACAUCAUCGCAGGAUUCAGAAUGCGAAUGGUCGGGCCACGAGAUUCGUAUGCGGGCGUGAAAGUGUACGUGAGGAUUUCACCAAGAAGAGCGGGAAAUGUUUCUGCUUUUGCGGCCGCAGAAGCAAAACUGCACUCGAAGCGUGCGCGGCUCGUACAAGGACGAGGAAGAGCAACUGAAGUCGGCGUGCUAUCACAAAAAAAUUAAUUUUACGUGGAAAGACGUGCGAAGAAGAUUUCCAAUUAAGCUUCAUUGCAUUCUCGAGAUAGAAGAAAAUGCCGGCGGAAUCGUCGAUCUAUUGGAGUACGGUGGACUCUCGAAACUCGACCUCCGGCAGUUCCGGAAGCGAUGUUGGCGGUCGUCAUUACGUGGACCCGUGGGACCUGGAGAAUUACGCUUAUCUGCGCCGUCACAGCGUCGCCGAGGUGCCGCGCCGUACGCGACGUCCUCCCACGAACGAGGAACGAUCUUCCCGCGAUGUGCGGACGUACUCGGAAUACUGGUAUGCCUCACCUUCAUCGAGAGAACCGGAAUACGAUGGUUCCCCAUAUGCGCAAGAACUGUACCGUAGACCAAUUAAGCCAACAAACAAUGGCUUCUAUUAUCAGCAAACUAUCUACGAGGACGAGGGAAUGGAUUACACUGCACCGUUUCCGGUUUACACGCCUGGAUUAUUCGAGUAUUCUCGAUAUCCUCUGCAAGAAGAAAGAUGCUGGCCGUAUGGAAUUCAUGCAGAUAAAGAUAGAUAUAUAACAGAAGCGAUCUGUUCACCACAUAUUGGACAUUUAAACACACAUGGCCACCUAAAGAUCGAUUAUACAAACAGCUGGAACUCACUCAAUCGUCGAAUUAGAAAAUAAAAGGAUCAGCUUCUCUCGGACCAGAAAUGGACAGAUAAAUUACUCGAUAAUAUGAGAUAUAUAUAUAUAUAUAUAGCAUAAAUAAUACACUGUUAUAUGCUCAAUUAAAGGUUUUAAUUAAGAAUUUA